GAAUGGCUGACCCGUACUGCGGAACAGUAGGUGGCAGUGUUGCCCAAUUGGUCGCCAAGCGCCGUAAAACUUUAAGAAGAAGAAGAAGAAGAAAAGGAAGGUAGCCAAAUCAUGCAAGAUAGUCAAUAGUAUCCCACAAUGAGUGCUCAACUGAAAGAUGUCAUCAUCAAGCCUGACGCUUCCAGCUCUCUGCUGCUGGACAAACAUGCAGACUAUAUCGCUGCCUACGGCUCCAAGAAGGAUGACUACGAGUACACGCUGUCUGAGUACCUGAGGAUGAGCGGCAUCUACUGGGGGCUGACAGUGAUGGAUCUGAUGGGUCAGCUGCAGCGGAUGAACCAGCAGGAGAUCACAGACUUCAUUAAAGCCUGUCAGCAUGAGUGUGGAGGCAUCAGCGCCAGCAUUGGACACGACCCUCACCUGCUCUACACCCUCAGUGCUGUCCAGAUCUUGUGCCUGUAUGACAGCUUGGAUGCGAUCGAUGUGGACAAGGUGGUUGAAUACGUUAAAGGACUUCAGCGGGAGGACGGCUCCUUUGCAGGGGACAAAUGGGGAGAAAUUGACACACGGUUUUCUUUCUGUGCUGUUGCUACGCUGGCCUUGCUGGGAAAGAUGGACACGAUAAACGUCGACAAAGCCGUGGAGUUCGUCUUGUCUUGUAUGAAUUUCGAUGGAGGUUUUGGCUGCAGACCCGGUUCAGAGUCUCACGCUGGUCAGAUUUACUGCUGCACCGGUUUCCUGUCGCUCACCGGCCAGCUCCACCAGCUCAACGCGGACCUGCUGGGAUGGUGGCUCUGCGAGAGACAGCUGCCGUCUGGGGGCCUCAACGGAAGACCUGAGAAGCUUCCAGAUGUUUGCUACUCGUGGUGGGUCUUGGCGUCUCUGAAAAUCAUCGGCAGGAUUCACUGGAUCGACAAAGCCAAGCUGCGGCGCUUUAUUCUGGCCUGUCAGGAUGAGGAGACAGGAGGAUUUGCUGACAGACCAGGAGACAUGGUGGAUCCUUUCCACACUCUGUUCGGAGUCGCGGGCCUCUCUCUUCUCGGCGACAAGCAGGUCAAACCGGUGAAUCCCGUCUUGUGUAUGCCCGAGGAUGUCCUGCAGAGGAUCGGCCUGCAGCCUGACCUUCUCAGCUAGCCCUCUGGCUCGUCAUCAUGACAAACUCAAACGCUGCUGCCCCCCGUAAAGGCCCCGCAGCCUGAGUUAUAACCACUACCGCUGCACUCUGGAUGCAGACAGAGGACCACAACACUGCUAUGUAGAAGCCUCCACAUUAUCCGUGUUUCCAGGCUGCCUUAACCUGUUUAACAGAUUAUAGCAGCCUUCUUGUUGAAAUCCAGCAAUAUGAGUGUUUUGAAGAAACUUCUCAGAUGUUUAGACAUCAGAAAAUGACAUUUCUUCAUUACUUAACUUGUUUGGGACGUCUUUAGGAGGAACCCCUAGAAUUUUUACUCAUUUUCUCACAUUUACAACUACAAAUGUUUUGUAUUUUAUUGGGAUUUUAUGUGAUAGACCCAGACAAAGUGCUCCAUCAGUGUAAAGUAGAAAGAAGAGGUUGUAUUUUUACCAUAAAACAUAGUACAAAUAUAGAGAGCAUAUAUAUUCAUCCUUUCAUCAGCCUGGAGUUUAUUUAGGGGUCCACUUCACACUUCUUCACCACUUUGUGUUGGUCUGUCACAUAACAUCUGUAGCUUGUGGCUGUAAUGUAAAGAUAUGAUGAACAGUUUUAUUUUGUGGUGUACUGAAGGUUUUGGGUUCUCCUGAGCCACCGGUUAAAUGCAAAACCAAAAGGGUUUUGAAACUGAGGGUCUCUGAUUUGUCGUAAACGAACAGAUUUUGUUUUGCAGGAACAGAAAAACGUCAGAACAUUCAGUCCGUUGUAUGCAGUAAUGAAACGGCGUCUGUAUAUGAAAAUGAGAGCAUGAGCGUGGCAUUCAAGCGCUCCCAGCCCGCUGCGAUAAUGGUCCACACAGCUGGAGCGGAACCACAGGAGUCGCUACAAACACCGUUGUCUCCAUUACAACAACCUGAGGGAAGCUGUUCAGAUGGGGGUGGGGUGUUUUCUCAUUGUGACUGUAAAUCUUAUGCUAUGUUUAAUAGUCCAGCUACACUAUUUAUUAAAAUCUGUCACUCUGCAGGCAGCUGCGUUUGUUCGGCCUCCAAGGAAAUAUUUGCAGUCUGUCAACCGCGCGAUUCUGAACAGAUGACACCAAAUCUUUUUCAGAUUGGCUCCACAUUUGAUUCAGUAAAUCUCCACAUCUCUUACUGUCAGAAAAUGUUUAUUUGUUGUACGGUAACUGGUCAGCGGGUAUUGUUACAAAGCUUUAUGAACAAGCGUCAGUGUUCUAAUGCUGGGGUCCAGUCGGAAAGACUGAUGAGAGCUUCUAAUCGUGAUUGGCUGGGAAAUGAACACGGUGACUGGAGGAAUCAUUUAUGUUUACAAUGAUGGUUUUUAUCCUUUAACUAAUUAAAAUUACUUCAUUAAUCAGGUAUUUUGUUUCACACCUCUUUACUUCAUGCUUUGGAGACAUUUUGUGUGUUUAGGAUUUCAACAGUUUUGAAAUAGUUUUUAACAUUGGAUUUAAGUUUAAAGAACAUUUAAUAGCAGCAAUUUAACUCUGGUUUACUGAUUUCUGAUUGAUUAAAACGAUUUCAAGGUA